GGUUACAGGUGAAGUCGGGGAGAGAGUGCUGGUCACAGACAGUGUUAAAUCAGUCUUCAUAGUUAAAUAAGUAUGGAGCACAGCGAGAAUGAAGAUUUGGAAAAGUUCCUGAGGGACGUUGAUGAAAUAAAUGCGUUGAUGAAGGAGCUGAACUCCAGUGAUGUGGCCGCUCAGGAGAGAGCUGUAGAAAAGGCAGACAAAUUUGUUGCCUCUUUUGAAGAAGAGAAAACAUGCAAAACUCACCUCAACAGGACAGUCAUAAAUAAAAACCCCACGUCUGAUAGCGGACCAGUGAAUACACUGUUUGAACCCCACCAAAGUCAAGAGAAUUUCAUGAAAGCUUUAGAAAAAGACGCAGAGGAGAGAAGGAAGAGGAGGCAUGUGAAAGAGGAGCGGGCCAAAGCCCUGAAGGAGAAAGGAAAUGAAGCUUUUGCCCUGGGUGACUAUGAAGUGGCUGUCAAGUUUUACACUGAAGGUCUAGAGCAGCUCCGUGACAUGCAGGCCCUCUACACAAACAGAGCUCAGGCCUUUAUCAAGCUGAAGAAGUAUAAGGAGGCCAUAAGUGACUGUGAGUGGGCCCUGAAGUGCAAUGAUAAGUGUAUUAAGGCAUAUGUUCACAUGGGAAGAGCACAUCUAGCACUGAAGAACUUUACUGAGUCCAGGCUUUGCUAUGAAAAGAUACUGGAUAUAGAGCCAGAGCGUGAAACCCUGGUAAAAGAUUACCUGACACAAGUAGAUCUGGAGGAGAAGAAGAACUUUCAGGAAAGGGUAGCAAGACAGGUUGAGAGAGGGUAAAGAAGGGUCACGACGGUGCCUGACUUGCUGAAAAAGCUGGACAGAUCCAGUGAGAUCAACCUGUACUACUGUGGGGGAGUGGAGCUUCUCUCGCAGGCUAUCAAAGACAGUACUGGGCAGACGUUAUUCCGGUUAAACAAUGGCUUCAGUAUCAUCGCUGGCAAUAACGUUGUAAGGAGCUGUCUUGCCCAGACUUCUAAAGAGCCAUACAGCGAGGAGCUGUGUGUAUCUGUGCUCAGAUUGUGGAGGGUGGUUUGCUGUGGAAAUGAGGAGAAUCAGCUGCUGUUACUGCAGUGUUCCAGCACAAGAGAACAGAUUGUCCGGUUGUUAGCCUCACCAGUGUCAGCAAUCCAGCAGGCGUGCUUAACAUUGCUCUGCAUGUACUCUGAGACCCAGCAAGGGAGACGCUUGGUAAUUGAAAAUCUCAGUCUGCACAGGAUGGUGGAGAACUUGAUGGAUUGCGUAUGUAAGGAUGUCACGUCAGGAACCAUGGCACUCACUGUUCUGGAGAACUUGGCUGGAGAAAAUAAGUUUCAAAUGCAGUUCAGAGAGAACUUUACCCAAGUUUUUGCUACUCCUUUUGAGCAUUUGCUGGGAAAUAUAUCAGCACCCAGCCAAGAAUUGCUCCUCUCCUUAAUUUCUGUGAUUGGGGCCAUGUGUCGGGAUGAAGCUAUUAGCAACAAGAUGGCAAGCUGUGAAGCGUUUUGGAAGAGCUCUUUUAGUGCCAUGGGGCCUUGUGCUAGCUGUGAAUACAAAAGCAUUCUCUAUCCACUCCUGGGCCUGAUGAUCAACAUAGCCUCUAAUCCCACUCCUGUCAUCCAAGAGCAUGCUGUAGUGGGCUGCAGCAAGUGUGUGGCCUUGAUGAGUGAUCCGGACGGAGGCAUCAUAUCGAGAGCUGCCGGGUUGCUGAGUGUGGUCCUUCCAAGGUCGGCUGCUGCCACUCAGGAAGUUGUGCAGCAAGGAGUGGUGAAGAGACUUCUGAAGAUUCUGAAAGUAGCAGGACUGACAAGCUCAAGAUACUCCAUUAAAGCUCUUGUGGUGUGCACCGCCUCCAGCCAGCAGGCCUGUGAAGAGCUGGUUAAGUUUGACAAGAAGCUGGUGACUGUGAGGAAGCUCCUGGGCAGCAGCGAUGAGAUAGUAGUGGGGAAUGCAGCUCUGUGUCUGGGACACUGUUUGGCGGUGCAGGGAGCUGCUGCUAGUCUCCUCGGCACAGACUGUGUGUCGCUCCUGCUUCGCCACGCUGCCGGCGAGGCCACGAGAGCGGCCGUGCAGCAGAACGCAGCCAUCGCUCUGGGGAAGCUGUGUAAGGCAGAGCCCAGGCACUUGGCAAAACUCAGGGAGCUUCACGGCCUGGAGAUCCUUCACUCCUGUAUGAAAUUGAUCACUUAACGCUCAGAAUGAGGACUUUCAAGACUACCAGUCACUGCAAACUGAGAGCACAACCUACCCAGCUGCUCUGCCAUCAACAGACCAAAACAACUCUGGUUACAACACUAGGAAAGCCUCCACCGAAAGCCUCCCUCGCCUCACUAUGGCUCUAAUCGCUUCUCCAGGGACAGAUUUGUUCCAUGCGCCACAUGAAAGGCACCGCUCAACUACUGUAAACGCUAUGACUGCUGCUGCUGAAGAGGUGAUUAGCUCAAGAGACGAGAGGUUUGUUUCAAACCAUGGGUCAGGUUUAUUUACCUCAGGUGAGGAUAACACGUCAGCUGUGCUGUUAGCCUCUGGAGCAGAUCUGCCAUUGAUCUCUGAGGAGAAAGAAGGGGAGAGUGUUGUAACUUCGGCGCAGGCUGGAUCUGGGCUAGUGAUGAACGGCACCAUGACGGCUGCUGCUCAUCUGUCCAGAGGCAGGGAAAAGAUCGCAGCUUCGCUUCACGCUCCACUUAAUAGCAAGAAUCAAAGAGCCGCAGAGUCUAUUACUCUUUUGCCUGCAAAGAGCAUUCCCAUGCUAUCAGCUUUUGAUCCAGCAGUAAUUGAUAACCUUGGGGAGGCAACUGAGACAGUGGAAAGACAAAGAAAAAGCAUAAACGAAAAUGGGUCUCUGAAGUCACUGGGAACCACUAACCCUCUGAAUGCCAUCUUCACUGAUGGAGAAAAGACUUUUGUACAAAAGGGCAGCCCCACAAUAAUUCGUCUGACAGCUGUGCAGAACAGAACACAGUUAGACACUGAGGGUAGUGCCGCUGGAGUUAAAAUCGUUGCCCAAAAGCAUGGAGAUGGGCAGUCGGGCCAGAAAAAUAUGCCCACUCUGAGCUUAGUGACCCGUCACAAUGCUAUCUUUGAUGUCGACACUCCAUUACUGUUGGAGUCGUCUAGCCAGGAGGUAGUUAAAGAAACAGCAGAAAGCACUAAAUCGCUCACCACCAAAGGCCACGCAAGCAUAAUGAGGGUGUACACUGAU